AAUGGAGGCAGUGGUGGGGAGAGGAUGUCUUCACUGAACAGUGUGUGUUUGCUCUGAAAAUCCCUUCAAAGCUCUGAAGCUCAGGCUUGCUUGAUCUGCUCUUUGCCAGAUGCAAUGCUUCGGGUAGAAGCGUCAAUUCAGUGUGGACAAGUCGAUGCAGGAGUUGUUCCCUCUUAGGUGAUAGGGAACCAGUUGCCCAUGUGUAAUGCACUGGAUUGCUUGUUCGACUGGUUGGGUUUUUUUGGGGUGAGUUUCUUUUUAAUCAGUGUAGUGCAGAGCUGUGGGCAGUACACAUACAUCCUUCUCGAGGGCAGUGCCUGAUCUGUCACACGGUUUAAGCACGGACUUGUCUCUUGCUGAAGCACAGCCUUUAAGCCGGAGCAUUUAUUAGAACAAAAGACUUUGUAAUUCUCUGUUCACCUUUAAUGCAGCAUCACAGGUACUUUGUGCGUGUGUCUGCUCCUGGAACAGUUCCUCCUGGUGCCCCCUAAGCAUCGAAACUCUGUAAAUGCAUCCUUUAGGUUUGUUUUCUCUAGGUUCCUCUGUGGGUGCAGAUUGCUGCUCCGUGACAGAUGAUCUACCUGAGCUUGUGCUUGUGAUGCUCUUGCAGUCAGGCAUCUCUUGCUUGCUAAGCUGUUGCGUGUUGUUUAAAAAGGAGUGUAUCCUCCCCUUUUUCCAUGCCAUCUUCCAGGAAGGAUUGUCUACCCAGAGUGAUGUUAUCUUCCCCCAUUUUAAAUGGUAUCAGCAGAUACUUUCUUUUUCCCUUCUCCCAUCCUAGUGGUAAGUACCAAGCUGUCUUGGAUUACUCACACGGAGCAAAUCUGUGGCUUGGCCUCCAAAUUACAUGGCUCUACUCAGCAAGGGUGAGGUCCUCUCCCUGGAGCCCAAGUAAAGGUGCCAGGACCUUACUUUGUGUGAAAGCACAUUGACUGAUACGGAGCUGCAGACCUGGUGGCCUCCUGAGCUGGGCGGUUUAUGUCUGAGGGCUUCUGAAUGCAUAAAAUCAGAGCGACUGCGUCUGUGUAAUCCAAUCUGCUCGUGAAAGCCUCGCAGAGGGCUGCGUGCUGCAGACAUAAGCUGUGUCAAUAAGAACUCUAUUCACCCUGGAAAACAGCCUCGUGAUCGGCUUUGACUGGCAGCUUCCUAAGGGAGGGCCUUUCCUGAGAGAGCUCCACUUUUUGGCGGCACUUCUGACUGCCUUUUGGGCUCCCACUUGGUGUUCUUUCCUUGCCUUGUGUGCCGGGAGGGUGCUGGGGCAGAGGGUGGAUUUCACACAGCCCUAUAAUGGGAAUGGGGGGGGGAGUUUCCUUCCUCGCAGCGCAACCCCUCUGCCAAAGCAGUACUUAGGAACACGGAGGCAAAGGGAUUUAAGAGAACAAGAGGUAGGGCUGUAGGCUGCUCUGUGAGGGGGUGCACCUGGAGCGAGCUCGGGGUUCUUUCCUCUGGUACAAAACCCCUGUCCUUGGAGAAGUCUUGGGUGGUAAUGGACAAAAUGUGCGUGUUAAUGUGCUUUCUCCCCUUGGGUCUGCAGCUGUGUGUGUUCCCCAGCAGUGGUGUCGGUGCAGUUCCACCCUCAGCAAUGCUGGCACAAAGCUGUACCAACAGCUGUCAUUUCCUGGUAGUUACUAGUGAAUAAAACUCAAACAAGUCGGAACUCUUAUUCCGCUUUCUGAAGUGUUCUGCACCAUUUUUCUUGGAGGAAAAAUCUGCUUGAGCUGCUAAAAAUGCUGCUUAGGAGCUUUUCUGAAAGCAGGGUUUAAUCAAUAUAUCUGGUUCUGAGCCGCUGUUCAGUGCAGUGUUUGUGCAAAUGGCGUUUCCUGUUGCAUUCCAAGGGCGAGACUCAGGGUUUGCUCUGCUCAGGUCUUCCCCCCUUCUCUCUGGCACUGAGUUACCAAGAAGGACACCGGACUGUCACUUUUGGGUGAUUCUUUGUUCCUGCAGGUCCCUUGGUCUGGCUGUCACUUCUGUUUUAAAGCCUCAGCUCCGUGCUCAGGUGAUGAGUUGAAAAUGAGCUCAUCUCUCUGUCUUUCUGGGUUAUUCCUGUAGCUGCAAAUGAGAGCUCGGGAAUACAAUUAGGAUGUAAUAUGCACGAACUCAGAAAAAACCCACCCCAAAACCCAGCCCAACAGAAAAUGAAGUCAUGCAAAGCUGUUAUUUGAGAGAAAUGCAAUUAUGCUUUGAGCCAAUUGAGGCUUGACUUGAUUUCCCAGGGUUUGCUGGUGAUGAGGCAGUAAAACCAGAAUUAACUCUUGAAGUACGCCUGUCCUGAGCAAGGAGUUUGGCUGCUGAAAACCCAGGAAGCCACCCAAAGCAGUGGAAUCCCCUCGCAGGAGGCCCUGUGCUGUUUGCAGUGGGUUGCUGAAAAGUGCCUUUCCUGAAGCCGCCGCUGCUUGGAUCGCUGCCUCGGGCUGCCGCCCUCUGCCCCGCGCCCCCCGCUCUGUGUAACCGGCGUCGCUUGCGCUGCGUGCCCCGACGGCAGCGCCUCCAGCCUCCCCGCGGGUUUCGGUUCUGCUCCACAUUCACACGCGGCUCGCUCGGCCAUUUUAAUUCGGUUCUAGUUUGCUCCUGCCCCCGAGUAUGUAGCAAAUAUCGAAAAGAAAGAGGAAAAAAAAAACAACCCCAAAACGAAAGAAAUCAGACGUCCUUUUGCUUGUUUUGAUGCUCGCGAACCGUGAUUUUUAGAAGCAAGAAAUAGAAGGAAAAAAUACCCCCAGAAAACGAAGUUUUCUCCCCAAGGACCGAGACCAUUCCACAAACUGAAGUGCUGCCAACAGCAUAUGCUUUUUGCAAGAAUAAUUGAAACCAUUAACUGGAGAGCACAGAAUCCUUUUGAAAGUCUGCCAGUUCUUUGCAAGUAACUCCGGCAGUGGCACAAAAUCUAACACUUGUAUUUUAACUUCUACAAUUGCACUUUUAGGAGCUGGCCUCUCAUUUGAUUUUCAGUUGUUCUGAUAAGAUUUCUAUUUUAUGAUUGGCUUUAUGUUUAAUUCUUGUUUCGAGAAACACGAUUUGACUUAAAUGAAAACCUAAGUGCUGAUGAAUAGGAGUUCUACCAAAGCAACAAGUUAGUUAUUUCUUCGCGUUUAACUUGAAUUCACUUUUUUACCCUUUUUUUAAACAAACAAGAAGAAACUCAAGCGGCUCAGCAGUACCUGGUGCCCCCGAGGAAGGGUGCCCUCGCUUGCUUGGUCACUUUUGGUUUUUACUAUGGCUGUAAACGUUUCCCUGGUGCGGGAUACGAAGUGGCUGACGUUAGAAGUGUGUCGGGAGUUUCAGAGAGGAACUUGUUCUCGGUCUGAUGCAGAGUGCAAGUUCGCCCAUCCCUCACGGAGUUGCCAUGUGGAAAACGGUCGAGUUAUUGCCUGCUUUGACUCCCUAAAGGGCCGGUGUACCCGAGAGAACUGCAAAUAUCUUCAUCCUCCCCCCCACUUGAAAACACAGCUCGAGAUAAACGGCCGCAACAACCUGAUCCAGCAGAAGACAGCCGCAGCCAUGUUCGCUCAGCAGAUGCAGUUCAUGCUUCCAGGUGCCCAGCUACAGCCCAUUACAACGUUUCCUGUGACUCCAUCGCUUGCAACAAGCCCCACGAUGGCUUUUAGUCCUUACCUGAGUCAUGUUUCUCCUGGGAUGGGAUUGGUUCCUGCAGAGCUGUUACCAAAUACUCCUGUCCUGGUUUCUGGAAAUCCUACUGUUACAGUACCAGGAGGCUCUGCUGGGCAGAAACUGAUGCGUACGGAUAAACUGGAGGUGUGUCGGGAGUUCCAGCGUGGGAAUUGCACGCGUGGUGAGAACGAUUGCCGCUACGCUCACCCCAUAGAUAUCGCAAUGAUAGACACAAAUGAAAACACUGUCACAGUCUGCAUGGAUUACAUCAAAGGUCGAUGCUCUAGGGAGAAAUGCAAGUACUUUCAUCCCCCUGCACACCUGCAAGCCAAAAUCAAGGCAGCUCAACACCAGGUGAACCAGACAGCUGCAGCUGCAAUGGCCCUGCCGCCUGGUGCACUUCAACCUUUACCAAAGAGGCCAGCACUUGAAAAAAACAAUGGUGCCACCACAGUCUUUAACCCAAGCGUUUUCCACUACCAACAGGCUCUAGCCAACAUGCAGUUGCAACAGCCUGCAUUCAUCCCUACAGGGUCAGUUCUGUGCAUGACACCCACUGCAAGCGUUGUGCCCAUGAUGCACGGUGCUACGCCCACCACUGUGUCUGCAGCAACAACUCCUGCCACCAGCGUCCCCUUCGCUGCAACAGCUACCGCCAAUCAGAUAUCCCAGUUAUCAGUAGAUGAACUGAGUAGCAGCAUGUUUGUUUCACAGAUGUAGAAGUUCCCGAUAGAACACAGAUCAUGUUGAAAUUCUGAACAGUAAAAUUAUGGAGCACCAGGACUUCUUGGUGGGAAGCUGCGCAUGGCCUUUCUGUAUAUAUCCCCUCUUCCCUCUCUCGUUCUCUACCACCUCUACAGUAAGCCUGUUGCAGCCUACAUGUUAACCAAAAACUGAGCAAUGGGAAUGUCAAAAAAAAAAUGAAAAGACAAAAAAAAAAAAAAAAGCACUAUAGAAACACUUAACAAACAGCGCUCUGAUAUACGAGAUAUACCAGUAGGAAAUUAUAAUAGACUUUUGUAACACGUAACUUUAACACACUUAAUCAUUUUCUGACUACCAUCCUGAGAAGUGCAGCUGCACAGCGGACUGUUGGUUUACUGUAUACUAUCGAUGGAUAAAUGUUUGUCUUGUUUUUAAAGUGUUAUCUUCCUGUUUUGUUUACAUCAUAGUCUAUUGAUUUGUUUGGAAGUGUACAUCAUUAUCAAGUAUACUCAGUACCAACUUUUCAUUAUUGUUAUGUCUUAAGUUUUCAUAUUCUGUAGGUUUUAUGGGGUUUUGUUUGGUUGGUUUUUUUUUUUUUUACUAAAAAUGUUAUUGUGGGAAACAGGAAUUACGUGCUGGAAAAACACGACACAGGAAUGUUCUGCCCUUUGCUGGAGUUUGCUGUUAGCAUCAGCUACAGAUGCUCAUGUUAAAUGCUCCUUCUAAGCAUUUAAAAUUUGCCUUCAGAUAGAGUGUCCAAACUUGUAGUACAAGGGAUGCAAAAGGACAGUUGUCAUUUUAGUCCAGCUCAGGGUAUUUCUUUCAGUACAGUGAGCUGAUUCUGGAAACCUUUUGGGGAAACCCACAUGUAAAAUCCCAGGUUCGGGAAUGAUUGGCUCAGCCGGUGGUAAGCAUCAAGGGAUUUCUGCAGUUCUGUUGUCCAUGGAAGUGCAUUCUCAGCUGCAAACUGCGCACAAUCUCUCACGGUGCAGUCAAAACAAAAGCGAAAGGUGUGAGGUGAGACAGCUUCAGUUGGGCAAGGACUCGUUGUGUUGGGGAGGAGCUGGAGUGGGCCAUAGCCAUGACUUAGCCCGAGCUGGGUGAUGCCGUGCCCAGUGGCUUGUCUUCACUGAGCAUGCUGAAACAUCUCAGCCUGAAAACUGAGGUGGCUCUCCUUGAAAUGCUGUCAGCGUGCACCAGUUCUUUCGUCUCCAUUUUCCAUAAGUGGGUGAUUUUUUUUUUCCCCUGUGAUCUCUGGCCCUCUAAAGCAAACACAGCAGUGACAAGGCAGGAAAAAGCUGAGCAUAAGCUUCCUACCGUAGAUAAAUAUUCAUCUUAAUGGAGCUCCUGUAGGUCACUGGAUUUAUUCUGGCACCUUCUACUUGAUCAAGAGCAAUGUUUGCCUCACAACAAGGGCUAGUUCUCAAUACCUCCUUUUCUGACACAUGAAUAAACUGAUUUCCAGCCCCUGCACCCUGGACAGCCCAGCCUGUUACGCUGUAUUGCUGAACAAUCUGGCUGCAGAAUGCAUUUUGGCUGAGGAUACAACCAAAUUCAUCCCUGUCAUAGCUCUACCGUAUCAUUGGCAUUAUGGAAGAGAUGGGUUUGCUGCUGUAAAUCCACAAACUCCCUAGGAGGAGAAAGAAAAUGGUGAUUGAAACCAAGCAAGAGGCCAGCUCCCUGCCUCUGGGGGGCUGGCCAGCCCAGGCUCUUGGUGGUCCUGUGGGGUGCCAAAUUCUGUCAAACAGGUUCUCUUUUCUUUUCCAAGCUCCUUGGCCUUGGUUAGAGACUUUCCUUGCCCCCUCUUCUCCAGUGUGAGCACAGAUAGUUUGCUAGAUGUGUGUCUCCGUGGAUUGCAAGUGAUGGAGGGGCAUGUAGGGCACAGCCAGUGUGUCCCAGAGCAGGCCCUGACCGUCUGCCCAUGGAAAGCCAUUCAUAGCAAGAACUUUGAAGAGCCCAGCUCGAAAAGGCCUUCAGCAGGCUUUGAAGCAAACCCUGAGAGAGGGGGAAAAACUAUCCAUCCCCACCCCAAGAUCUCCUUUAUGAACCCCACAUCUGGACAGUCACUUGUCCGUAGCAGUUCCCCUGCCGUCAGCAUCCCCAGGCAGCAGCGUUGUCUGAAAUCAGUGACUCCCCUUUGUGUUGGCGACCACAUCCCUGUUCUUUUCACCACUGAGUUUCUGUUUCCCAACAACCAUAACAUUGUUAGUGGAAAAAGUGGAUUUGAGUACUUCCUGUUUGAAAUUAUUUGUGUAUCAAACAAAUGGGUUUUGCACAACCUGUGCCAGUGCCUCAACAAAGAACAGAACUGAUCUUCUUAAGCCAGAAAGGAUGCAUUCAAGCUUGUAUGGCUUUAUGAGUUCAAGGAGGUUGGAAUUUUUUCAGUGCUAAAAGGAUUUUUGUAUAUCUUGACACUUUGAUGUAACCUCCUCUUUUAUUUAUCGACUUCAACAUCUGGCAUAGAUGUGCAUAGAAUGUAAACCUAGAAUACAGCUGUUUCCCUGUCACAUUUAAAGCACUGAAAAAAAGAGAAGAAGAAGAAGAGAAAGAAAAGUGUUUAAGGAUUAUUUUUUAUUAAAGAGGUCCAAUGAGGGAUGUUCAGGGUAGUUAUUAGGUGCCACAACAGUUUUUAUAUUGCUGGCAAAUUUAGAGUUAAUUUGUAAAUGAGUUUAAGGAAAGAAAAGCUUGAAGCACUAAACUUCACCAAAUUCAAAACAAUCUCGGCAACGAUGCCGCUUUGAGGUAGCACUAUUUAAACUAGUUGUGCAAUGAACUUGCUCUAAUUUUCUUUGUUCAAGAAAGAAAAGAAAAAAACCAGUCGCCAGACUAUAAAUUUCCUAAAUAGACUAUUACAAAGUCACCGAGCUAGUUAGUGACUCUAAACAAAUGUCAUAAAAGCAUGAAUAUCAUCCUUUAUUUGACAAGAGAUGUAUGUAAGUUUGUUUAAAUCGAUAUAAUUUUAGUGACAUUUUUAUAAGCUUCCCACUUUCCAUGAACCUAUAUUUUUUAUUUAUCCAAAGUGAUUUCUCUUUGUCCAUUUCUCUCAGCCUUAUGCAAACAAUAUGCAAGAAAUGCUGAAACUUGGAUAAAACGGGUCAUGCAGAGGGAAAAUGAAAGCUGAGAUGGAUCAUUUUCACGGGAAAAGGUUGUUAGUAGUUUCAAUACAAAGUACUACUACUAAACUGUAACAUAAGCAGACAAUAAAAGAGGGAUUUAAAAUAAAAUGGAUUCAUAAAACUA